AUGCAAGGGUUCAUCAAGAAGGAGGCGGAGGAGAAGGCCAAGGAAAUCCGCCUCAAAGCUGAUGAAGAAUACGAAAUUGAAAAGGCGCUGAUCGUUCGAAGCGAGCUGGCAGCUAUUGACCAGAUCUACCAACAAAAGCUCAAGAAAGCGUCAUUGGCCCAGCAAAUUCAGAAGUCUACAGCCGCUAACAAAUCGCGGUUGAAGGUUUUAGACGCCAAGGAGCAGGUGUUGGAGCAAUUGUUCGAUGAGGCUGCCGAAUCUCUUAAGAAGUUCACUAAAGAUACCGACAAAUAUACCAAGGUGAUGGCGGGGUUAAUUGCUGAAGGUGCGCUCACUUUAUUAGAACCUAAGGCUACCGUUAAAGUGACCAAAGCUGACGUGGACGUCGCCAAUAAGGCCAAGGAUGAGGCGGCUAAGGUUUACAAGGAGAAGACGAAUAACGACAUUGAAAUCACCGUCACCGAAGGUUUGGAGGACAAAGAGAUUGGUGGCUGCAUCGUGGUGAACGGUAAUGGUGCGAUCGAGGUGACGAACACAUUGAGAGAACGGCUCAGCUUGUUGAACGAGGGAGCCUUACCCGCGAUCAGACUCGAAUUGUUUGGACCCUCGCCUACUAGAAAGUUCUUCGACUAG